AUGCCUCAGCCUACACCUCCAAAGGACGCCAAAGCUUCGAUUUAUCCUCAAAUCCGACGAUACUUUGCCAUAGCUUCGACAAUGUUCACACUGGCCUUGACUUUCGUGGGGCUCAGCUCUGACGUCUGGGUCAAGGUGACUGUUAGUGGAAGCCUUACGGAGACAGAAGGAAUAUUCCGAAGAUGUACGACUGUAUGUGUGUUUAUUCCCAAUCCGACAAAAUGGCGGACUCUGGUGUGGUACUUAUGUUUUCUAUUCCUUAUCUUGGUACUGAUCCUCCUCUUGUUACAGGGGGUGGGGCUUCUCAUGGAUUUCUUCACAGCCUCGUUUUUCUACGGACUAGGAUACGCUUCCUCAGCAUUCAUUGGACUGUGUAUAUUAAUUCUAUAUCCAACCCAAGUCAGGCCCAUAGGGAAAGAGGAGUUGAUUCACGUUCAGUUAGGCUGGGGUUUUUACUUAUACUUUAUAGGCAUCUGUUCGAUGGUCAUUCUGUCGGUGCAGUGCUUGGAGAUGAGUGGGACCAAUUCGUACCCUAGUAUGAACAUCAUGUUGGAAUUUUGAUGGAGAAAUAAAAAUUUACGACAUUGUGUAAUUCUCUUUCUGCCCCAAGCGAUGGAGAAAUAAAAAUUUACGACACUGUUCUACUUGUGUUCAUUUUCCAAAGGAUGAGGAUAAUAAUAAAAAAAAUUUAGGACCAUAGCAAGAGAAAUCCGAACUAUUUGUGUCCGACAGUUUCAUACAUGUUUUUUUUUUUGGAAUUGCUGUUAAAGCUAAUCUUUUAUUCUAUAUGGCAUGCUUGGUGCGCUAUGAUCCAUGGGCAUGUGCUGAGAGAGGUAUCUGGUAGGGUUCCAUGCUGCCUUUAUGCACUCAGCAAACAAAUAAAAUAGAGUUUCAAGCUCACCCCCACCCCCAGCCACAUGUCCCACCAGUGCCAUGCAAUGUAUUAAGCCAGCUCAACCCAUUAUUUAUAUGAACCAUAUUUCUAUUUGUUGCCACUAUAGAAUAAGCUUGAAUGUACCGCGCAUAGGCAUAGGAGUAUAUGUCUAUGUUAUAGUUUCGCAAAUGUGAAUAUUUAGUAAGUUACAUUUAGUCAACAUCCACUUACCUCAUCUCAGAUAUGGAGUUGUUGUGUUUGCUAUUGUUUAUCUUUUCAUUAUUGUAUAGCAUGACAUAACGGAACGGACCAGCCUCUCUCUUGAUAUACUGCUGAUAGGGAAAAGUGGAGGGAUUUUGUUACGCGAACUGUCACAGCACACCUACGAGGAAAGUCAAGGGACAGAUGAGAGAGGGAGACAGAGAUAGAGAGAGAGAGAGAAAGAAAGAGAGAGAGACAGAGAGAUAACAUGAACAAUAAAGCAGAUGUAUAAAAUGUAUAAUUAAAUUGUUUUGCUAAAAAUGUAGAGAAUUAAAUUCUAAAAGUGUG